UAUUGAAUUUAUUAGAUAAAAAUGGAAAUGUCUGUUUGCGUCAUUCGAAUUAUAAUGCAUGAAUGAUUAUUUUAAUAUUCUUAGAAGUGCAAAACAUUUGUGUCAUUAUUUUUAUUUUUUAAAUGCAAAACAUUAUAUUAAGUCAAUAUUCUAUAAUUAUAUAAUAGAAUUUACACGGAUUCCCGCCAAACUAUAUCAAUACAUUCAGUGUAACUUAUCAAAUUUGGAACAUCAUUUUAUUAUUACAAUGAAAGACGGAAGCAGAUUGUUGUCAAUUCUUCUGAGAGUUUCAGAAAAAGCAGCAAAUAUAGCAAGAGCUUGUAGACACAACGAUGCAUUAUUUAAAUUACUUGUGCAAGAAAAAUCAGAAGAAGAAAAAAAUCCACGCUUCUUUCAAGAUUUUAAAACUUUGGCAGAUGUUCUUAUCCAAGAAACAAUUAAACAUGAUAUAGGAUUAGAGUUUCCAGAAUUGGCUAAAGUAGUACAAGGAGAAGAAACUAAUACAUUCAGUAAUGCUAUGGGUGAAUCUAUAGUAGUUGGAAUAUGUCCUACAAGUGAAGAAACUACUCAAUUAUUAGCCAAAGUAAUGGGUAGUGAUAUUGCAACUGCUGAAUUAUUAGCUACUGAAGUCCAUAAAGAUGUUCAAUUCUUAGACAUUCCAAUGAUAACAAAACUACCUAUUGAUUUUGAUGCUGAUAUUAAUGAUCUUGGUAUAUGGAUAGAUCCAAUUGAUUCAACUGCAGAUUACAUAAAUGGAGGUGAAAAAGUUGAUGAUACUACUGGUGUACAUAUGAGUGGUUUACGGUGUGUUACUGUCUUAAUUGGAGUAUAUAUGAAAAGUACAGGCAUACCAAUUUUGGGAGUAAUUAAUCAACCUUUUUAUACAAAUGUAGAUUUGCGAUGGAAAGGUAAUUGCUACUGGGGAUUUGUAGAAAAUGAUAUUGGAAAAUGUUCUAUAGUGAAAGAACAUAAUAAUAAAAGGAUAAUUAUUCUGAGUAGAGUUGAAGAUGAAAAUAUAAAAUCAAAACUUUUAGAUGCAGGUUUUAUUUUAGUAGAAGCAGCUGGCGCAGGUUAUAAAAUAUUAAGCGUUGCUCUUGGACAAGUUGAUGCUUAUAUUUUAUCUAAAAGUUCUACAUAUAAAUGGGAUACUUGUGGUCCACAAGCUCUUUUGCGUUCUUUACAUGGAGGUAUUAUUGAAUUCCAAAGUUUUAUAAAUAAUUCCGAUUACAUAGACAUAAAAUAUUUAUGCACGUCCACCAAUUUUUCGAAUAGCAAUGGUUUGAUAGCAUAUCGAAAUUUUGAAAUUUUACAAACAUUAAAAUCGAUUUUGUGCAAAUAAUAAUAUUAUAGUAUUAUAUUAAAUAU